UAAACAGCUGAUUAUAUCUAUUACGUGCCACGCACGUGUGAGCGCGAGGCAAAAGCGGAGUGAUGCAACGGAAGAAUAGAACGGAAAAUAAAAACGAUAAAACGUGAACAUGGGCCGCAAGAUACCGGGCAAGAAGCAUCGAGGUAUCAAGGAUCCUCAGAAGCAACGUGUAAAGCGUUUAGCGGAGUUAGAGUUGUGUACGAAUACGGCGCCGAGAAACGCAGACGAGCAAGCAAUCCCGAAGAGCCUGGAGCGCGUCAUUAAAUUGAAGGAAGCUGCAAAGAUCAAUAACGGCAUCUUAAAGAAGAAACAGAAGAAAAAAAAUGCGCUUAUCUGUGUAGGAUUACAGCAUCAAAGACUACAUCAUCCAAAAGCAAAACCAGAAAAGGUUAUACCAGUGUUUCAACAACGACCAGGUGAAUCUGGUAAACAAUUUAUGCACAGGGUAUCUAAAGAUACACAUGAUUUUCUCAAGGAAGUAGCAUUUGAAAAGAAAUAUGAUGUCCAGAUUGAACGGGAUUCAAACACUGGUAAAAUUCAAGGUAUAACAAAACGUAAACAUGAAAAAGAUGAUGUAGAAACAUUACGAACUAAACAUAAGAAUAUUAAUAGAAAAAAGAAGACAGAUUCUGCUUUGACAAAAAAUCAAAAGCAAAAAUUGAAACUACGUGCAAAGAAAGAAAAAAAACUGAAAAACUAUGAUGAAUUUGAGAGGUUACAAGACAAGAUUGUUUUUGGCGAAGUUGCUCAUGAACCUCCUAGAUUGAAAAUCAAGUUAAAAGAAAUGAAUGAAAGUAGAAAGCCAAAGAAUUUAUUGUUGAAUUCAUUAUUAGAAGAUUGCAAAGAGGAUUUUUCUUCCAAAGUGAAUAAUCGAUCUGGAAAAAGGAAAAACCUACCUGAAACAGAAAGAAGAAGACUAGAGAAGCAACAGACUGAAGCUAUUGCAGCCUACAGAGAAUUGAAGUCUCAACGAUUGACUAAUAGAAGCUGCUAGGAUGAUUAGUACACGUGCAAUUAAUCGGUGUGAAUUAACUCCGAAUUAACAGUAUGUAACAACGUCGCGGCUGAACCAGUCAUGGAAAUUAGAUCGUCGAGAGAAGUCGGUGAGUUGUUUAUUAAACUUUGUUUUGUAUACAUAUUGUUCGCUUAUUUAUUAUAAUUGUGAUUUGUAUCUAACACCAUAAUUAAAGAUAUGCUAGUAUAUACAUGUAUUAUUAU